CCGACGGCGCGUGCGCGCUGCGCGGCCGACGGGGUGUCUGGGGGGCGGGGCGGGGGCAAGUGUGGCUUUUCUGCCUUAUUGUCCCCUAGCGCCGGCGGGACACCGCGCAGGCUGCCGGCAUCAUGAAGAUCUGGACUUCGGAGCACGUCUUUGACCACCCGUGGGAAACCGUUGCGACGGCCGCGAUGCAGAAAUACCCAAACCCUAUGAACCCAAGCGUGGUUGGGGUUGACGUGCUGGACAGACACGUGGAUCCCUCCGGAAAGCUGCAUAGCCAUAGACUUCUCAGCACAGAGUGGGGACUGCCUUCCAUUGUGAAAUCUCUCAUCGGCGCUGCAAGAACUAAAACAUACGUGCAGGAACAUUCCGUAGUUGACCCUGCAGAGAAGACGAUGGAACUUAAAUCCACUAACAUUUCAUUUACAAAUAUGGUUUCAGUAGAUGAGAGACUUACAUACAAACCACAUCCUCAGGACCCAGAAAAAACUGUUCUGACUCAAGAAGCCAUAAUCACCGUGAAAGGAGUCAGUCUCAGCAGUUACCUUGAAGGACUCAUGGCAAGUACGAUAUCUUCAAACGCUAAUAAAGGCCGAGAAGCAAUGGAAUGGGUAAUACAUAAAUUAAAUGCUGAGAUUGAAGAUUGACUGGCUUCGGCGAGGGGGAGCAUAAGGACACCGAUGGCAGCAGCAGCGUUUGUGGAGAAAUGAGGAUGAAAAUCAGUGCCCGACAUCUGCCCCCCAGGUCUCUGCAAACUGGCCGUGUAUUUAUUUGUUAUUUAAAAAAUAAAACUGUAUUUUAGAUAGAGGGUUUUUUUUGUUUUGUUUUGUUUUGUUUUCUGUUUUUGUUUGUUUGUUUUUAAAUAAGCCAAAGAAAAGCUUUAGGACUUCUAAUUAAAACAAAGAAGGUUCAGGGUCUCUAAAUAAGCGGGAUCGUCUGAGAGUAGUAUUGUUUGAAAUGACCAGCUGAUUUUGAGGAUUCCAGUAUUUUUGUGAAAAUUUAACAAUUUUUGAAAAGUACUUGGGAAAUCAUACUGCCAUAUUAAAUCUCCUUUAAGGUAGAAUUGUAAAGCUUUUCAUGCAUUGGAACUCUACCUGGCUUUGGACCAACCCCAGAAAAAAGCAGAGCCACCUAAACACCUACAGGUACCCUGCUGUGGUAAGCUGCAAGAGCUUGCAUGAGGAAAUGCUCUCUGAAAGGAGAAAUUCUAGUUUGAGAAAGCAUAUUAAUUUGUAUAAAAUAAUUUGCCCUUCUAUAAACCACCCUUAAGAACCACAGUGUUUUUUGUUUUGGUACUUAAAUGACAUUUUUGGAAAUGAAGAUUAUCACUAAAAUAAUACAGGACUCCAACAAACAAGCAAAAAGGGAUUUUAGCCUGUUAAAAGAGUACUGUAUUAAUUUGCCAAAGUUGAGUGACUUAGGAAAGGUAUUACCUUCCUUGGAUUUGUACUUUAUGACUUAGUAUGCUAUACCGUGGGCUGGUGACGUUCACUGAAAAAUAAAGUCAUUACCCAGAUUUUGCAGCACUCUACACUGAACAGAAGAACAGCUGUUCACAUCCUUUAGCAUUUCACAUUUGCCUAACUUAUAAAUUGCCAUGUGUCAAAAUCAUGGCUCUGUAAUUGCUAAAGCAUGAUAUGUCAGGUUAUUUGAAUAUAAUUACUUUUUGAAGUCAUUGUGACCACAAAACAUCUUUUUCACAUGAAAAGCUGUACGUCAUUUGAAAUUACUCAAACGAUGUCUUUCUGAGGCAUAAAUCCCAGGUACUUAUGUGUUUUAAUAAUACAGUGCAACUGCGGGGGAUGGGGGCGGUGGGGAGAAAAAAGGAAUAAUAAUGAGAAGAACAGCAUUGACCUAAACCAACCACUAUGUGAAUUGCUUUGCAGCUUUUAUUUGUGGGAAGUCGAUUUUGGAUGCUAAGGGGCAGCUUCAGUCUGGAGAACAAUCCAGUAAAUGUAUUUCAUAUUGUGUAGCAAGCAGUUACGGACCAGGAAAGACCGUCUUUGAUACUUGCAGUUGUUGCACACAGAGUAUUUUUUGUUAAAAGGUGAUUAGCUCUUGCCUUUAUCUUACUGUGCUAAUGUAAUAAACUCAUCAGGUUUCCUGUAAAGGAAACCAGUUAGUAUAUAUACAUAAACCAGAGAAAUGGUAUAGCACACUAGUGUUU